UCCAUGUCCAUGGAUUUUUGUUUGGCUGGCAUGAAAAACAGCAGCUCCUUUCUCAUUGAACGAAAUGAUUGCUUGGACAAAGAAACGAGUGAAGAGAAUGCAGAAGAGUCUGCUGGAUAUGUGACCGAAGCUGUUUCUCUUGACAUGGAUUCACACCCCAUAAGGGGAUCCAAGAUGUCAGCUCCUGAUUCAAUCGUGGAAGACAAAUGUAACAACUCAUCUGGGAAAUCCAAGAAAAGAUCUCGGAGUUCAAAUGCCGUCCUAAAGAACAUAAGAAAUCUACAACCAAAGAAGAAUCGUCAGCUUUCUUGGCCCAGCAACGAGGAAGAAGAUGGGAAUAAUGGUCUUGUUGGGCAAAGCUUGAGCAGCUGCUCCUCAGAGGAUGACCCCAAAGCUUCUCAAGAACUGAAUGGAGGAGUGACCUCAAAAUUGGACUCAAACUCAAUAGGGCCUGCAGCUUUAAACUUGAAAGGCAAAACAAGAGCCAGGAGGGGGUCAGCCACUGAUCCCCAGAGCCUUUAUGCAAGGAAAAGGAGAGAGAGGAUAAAUGAGAGGCUGAGGAUCCUACAGAACCUUGUUCCUAAUGGAACAAAGGUUGAUAUUAGCACAAUGCUUGAGGAAGCUGUCCAUUAUGUAAAAUUUUUACAGCACCAGAUUAAGCUCUUAAGCUCCGAUGAUCUGUGGAUGUAUACUCCCAUCGCUUACAACGGAAUCAACAUUGGACUUGUCUGAAAAUUACACCGCUUAGAAAACCAUAGAAGAUAAAAGGAUAAGACAGCCGUCCAUAGAUCAGGAUUCAGCACAGCACCGCAUAUGUGAAACAGCCAUGGCAGCUACAAGUGGGGGCUUAUUUGCGUCAGCAAGAAAACUCUCAAAGUCCUAUUAUCAAGGUCUAUGAGCGAAACUGUCACAGAUUUCCUAAAACUAAGUCCGCUUCAAUGAGUUUCCUUCUGAGUAUGACAGACAUUAUAAUUUGAGCAGAAUUUCUUCUUAUGAUCACAGUUUUGAGAUCCACUGAUUCAGAUUGGCGGCCCAAUGUAACACCAUGUACAU